AGAAAAUUUCUAUGGAGAAAUCUUUAAUGCCAUAUAGUUUUGAUCUGGGAAUUAAUAUCAUUAAUAAUAAUUCAUACAAGUCAACAGAAAAAAUUCCUGUGGAGAAGCCUUUAAUGCCAUAUAGUUCUGAUCUGGGAAUUAACACCAUUAAUAAUAAUUCAUAUAAAUCAAUAGGAAAGAUUACUGUAGAGAAGAAAUCUUUAAUGCCAUAUAGUUUUGAUCUGGGAAUUAACACUGUUAAUAAUAAUUCACACAAAACAAAGGAGAAAAUUCCUGCGGAGAAAUCAUUAAUGCCAUAUAGUUUUUGA